CACCCCUCACCGACUAUACACCAACGCUUACAAUGUCAUCUUUGUCGGCUCAGUUAGCUACCAUCGCGCAGAAUAAUGCUUCUGUCGCGUUGGACAGGAAGUCCAGACACAAGUUGCACUCGGCGUCGUUAAUCUACGAUGCCAAGACGGCCGCCACGCAGGACUACGACUUGAUCUACACGUUAGGGUUGGAAGGCUUGGAGGAGUUGGAAACCAUUGACCGCCGUUUCGGACGCUUCAAGUUGUCGCUCUUCAGUGAGACAGCUGUGCAGGUUGAUAGAAAUGUGCAGACCAAGGAAGAGGUUGCCGCCUUGGAUGCCGGUAUCGAGACCUUCCUCGCGCUUGCAGGGCCGUACCUCCACCUCGCACCGGCCAUCAAAGCGACCGAGUGGCUCUUGCGCCGUUUCCAAAUCAAUAUCCACAACAAGGAGGCGCUUUUAUUGGCUGCGCUUCCGCACUACGCGACGCAGCUCUUUGUCAAGGUGUUGCAUGUGGUGAAGGAAUUACCGCUUCUUUUCCUGUGGCUCGAUGGCUAUAAGAAGAGCUUGAAAAACCCUACCCGCGUGUCCAUGGUCAAGGGCUUUCUCAACGUGGAGUUCUUCCAAUUGUACUCUGAUUUCCUCAACGGCCAGAUGAAGAAGCACAACGAGUACUCGCUCCAGUUGGUGUUUUACGUGUCGUGUGCGAUCUCGCUUACAGCGUCCCUCGCCCAGGACCUCCCUAGACUUAAUGAAGUGUACAUGCCAAUUAUCUUGGAGACCGCUGGCCACAUGUUGUUGCCAAAAACCUCGAACGAUUGCAAGAUCGCAGCGCACUCUGUCUUGUCUGUACUCGCAGCGGUUGCGCCGCUUGGUGACGCCUUGAUUGCAUCCAUCACGGACUCGCUCUUUGCGGGGUUUGCUGAUAUGGACGUUUCCAUCCAGAAGUCUGCGCUCGUCUGUGCCGGGAAACUCACUUCGACAUUGACCGCAGACCUUGAUGCCGCGCUUUUGACCAAGUUAAAGCCUCAGUUCUUGGUGGAAAACGUCGACUUGGUUACGGAAAUCGCCGCCAACCACAAAAUCCACGACUUCCUCUUCCAGUACGCCAGGCUUCUCAUCGCUACCAAGCAGCUCGCGUACUUGCCUCAGGUUUUGGACUACGUCCAGCUCAAUGCCUUUCAGGUGAAGAAAAUCGUUCAAGAAUUAACCACCGUUCUUGACGCUGAAGACAAAACCCCACUUAUUGCUGUGUUUGAGUCUUUGGUCGCACACAGCGGCUUUGCUGCGGCGUUGACUGCUUCGAACCUCGCCCUCACCGACUUGGAAAUGGCCUUGACGUGUACGCUCACCUCUGAAGAGACUGCGGUGGUGUUUGACACCGAAGAGCCACUCGAGGAGGAUGAGGAAACGACGGAAGUGUUUGCCGCAUCCGCAACCCCGUCAUUCAUCACCUCCACGGACCACGCGGAGUUCCGUGUACUUGUUAACACAUACGUUCGUGCCGUUGCAGCUAAAACCACCAACGCAUUCUUCAAGCAGUCAUUUGUGUCGCCCGCCGCGUCCUUGUCGUUCCUCGUGCGUGUCGCUGCCGCGUCUGCCGCUCCGAUGCCAGCGCGCCUCGUUGCGAUGCGCCUCGUGCGCAUGCGCACGCGUGACUUGCCCGCGCACUACGCGUUACAUCUCCUCAUUCCAUUUGCUGUAACCCUCUGCGCGCAUGCUAACCAGACAAUGAGACAGAUGGCUGUUGAUAUUUUGCGCGCGAUCGCGGCGCGUGACCCAAAGGCCAAGGAUUUGUUUCUCUUUGCUGAGAUCUACGCCGACAAGGAUGUCGCGAUCAUAUCCCCCGCAGACGGUCAGCUCCUCGCGCAGAAGCUCCUUGCACACGCGGACGAAGUUGCCUUAGAUCAACAGCAGGUUUACAAGAGCGCAGCCGCCGCGUUCGCAGAGAAAAAAACCGGUAAGCUUGCGUACGCGUUCUUCACAUCGCAGGCGUUGGCCGCCACGCUCCCGGCUGUCAAAGCCAAGCUCAUCCAUGUGCUCAGCGUGUGCUCUGUUAAGGGCGCAGCUGCUCCGUCACAGCUCCUCGCACCGUUCCUCGCGACGUAUGUUGCCGAGCGUGCUGCGUGGGAGGCCGCUUGUGCAGUAAGCAAGUUUAGCCUCACAGAUCUCGACACGGAGGUGGUCGGGAUAGUGGGCGAGCGUGAAAAGCAUGAGAACGCGAUUGCCUUCUUGGUUGCGGCGUUGGAAGCUUCCUCCGAGCAGCUUGCGGAGACUGCCGCCGCGCGUGUGGUUGCAAUCUUCGGUACCUUGAAGCCAGAGUUUCAGCAGAAGUUGGCCGAGACUAUCGUCCAGCACGCUGCGAACGAUGCGACGAUUGAAUAUGAUGCGGUGGGGACCCUUCAGGCGUUGAACUUGGACAACAAGACCUUUGUUGGUCUCUUCCAGGGAUGUCAAUUGAACCAGACCAUGCCUGCAGGCGUCGCGAAGCGCCGCCGCAGAUCGUCCACGGCCACUAAACAGGCCAUGAAAGACACUGAGGUCAGCAAGAUUGCAUCAGACCACCUCAAGAAGGUCACCGUUCUCCUCGAGUUGGUUGAGCGCUCGCAAGGGCCACAGGACUCGCCGGCCCUCUUACAGGCGUUGUUCAGCAUUCUUGCGGACCUCGAGACGUUGGGUAGUGACGGAAACAUGCCGGUGUUGUACGCUCAAGAGACUUUGGCCGCGAGCAUGUUGAAGGUGGUGGGUGGCCUUAAGGGCCAGAACUUUGUGUUUGACCUGAACUCCAUCCGUGCAGACGUGAUUGUCGCCACCAUCCGCGCGUCACCAUCGCCGCAGGUGCAGAACCGUUUGCUCUUAGUGGUGGCCGCGCUCGCGGCGCUCGCGCCGGAAAUUGUGCUCCACUCAGUAAUGCCCAUUUUCACCUUUAUGGGUGCACACACCAUCCGCCAGGACGACGAAUUUUCUGCGCACGUGGUUGAACAGACCAUCAUGUGUGUCGUUCCCGCGCUCGCGGCGACCGCAGUGCAUGGGCGCGUCGAGGAGAUUGAGUUUCUCCUCACAUCAUUUGCGUCGGCGUUUGCGCACAUUCCGCGCCAUCGCCGUGUGCGCCUCUUCACCACGCUUGCAACCACCUUGGGCGUGCAGCACACUGUUCACUUGAUCUUGUUCCUCACGGGCCAGCAGUAUGCGGCUGCGAUCACUAAGCACAAGGCAGCCGAGGCGCGCGCGCUCGUGGAGUUUGCAGCCGCGUUUGUCCAAACGUUCUCGGUCGAACAGCAGCUCACAGCGUUGACCGGUUACGUGCGUGUGUGGCAGCAGGUGCCUGCACAUGCGGUUGAGCGCGACUCAGCGCGCGCGGCAGAGUUGAGCUCGCGCCCGAUCUUCGGUGCUAUUGCUACGGCCACCACCGCCGAGCUUGGCGCCUUGCGUGCGAGUCUUGUCACGUUCAUUGACCUCGCCGUCACCGCUGAGCAUAACGCCGUUCCGUCGUUACGCUUGAAGAUCGCCUCCAUCUUGUUGGACAUGCGUUCCUCUGACGAGCAGCUCGAGCACAUAUCCGCUGCCUUCCGCGACGUCAUCCAGUUGUUGUUGGCGGUGGUUGAUACUGAAGACGUUGUGUCCGACGCACUCUUCAAGUUGUUGGGCAACACGUUGAAUUUAUUACCGAUCGGACACUUUGUGGAGUCCAUCUCCAAAUUACUCACCGACACGAGCGCGGACGCCCGUACAUUGAGACACGUGACUGUUUUGGCGGGUACCAAGUUUGACGCGGAGUCCGCAGAGGACGCAAACGCCCAGGCCAGUGCCAACGCGUUACUCCCGAUCUUGAACGAGAUGGUCCAGGCCCAGUGCGCCGCCGAGCUCGCGCAGGCGGCUUUGGACACCGCGGCGUUGUUAAUUGCCAAGUUUGGCGCUUCCAUCGAUGCAGCCAUGCUCACUGCGACGCUUUCUGUCACCACCGCGACGCUCUCGAGCCCCGUUCCGGAGAUUGUUAUAGGGGCCUUGAACGUCGUGACAUCUCUUGUUUCGGUUCUCGGGGUCAAGAUGAUAGGGUUCUUCCCAAAGAUUGUUCCACCGGCUUUCAGGAUCUUCGAAGACUCCCUUGUCUUGUCCGACGAUAGUGACUCCAAGCAAUUGUUGCAGACCCUGACCGUGGUUUUGUUUUCCUGUUUGGUUAGACGCAUUCCUGCGUUCAUGACCUCCAACCUCGACCAAACCUUCACCUUGGUGUUACGCGCGUCGACCAUUUCGGAAAAAACCAGAGCAUCCAUUUUGGACGUGAUUGUCCAGCAUAUGGACGUGAAGACCGUGAUGAAGUCAUUAUGUAGCAUCUGGAACACCGUCCGUGUGAUGGACCCGAUUGCCAUUGGUUUGUUCCUCCACGCGAUGGAAUUCACCAUCAAGAGCAUGGACAAGAAGGCCGCUGCUGCCCAGGCCACCUCCUUUGUCAAGUUCAUGUUGCAUGCGUUUGAGUUCAGGAAUGAGAGUGAGUUGGACAACAACUCGGUGCAUCGUAUUGAGGCCUCUGUGUUCCAGUGCGGUAUUGAGUACGUGAUGAAGUUGAACGACAAAACUUUCAGACCGUUGUUUGCCAACAUGGUACGUUGGGCCGUCAAUGGCGAGGGUUCUAAGACCGGCAUUAGUGAGAUCCACCGCCUUUUGGCCUUCUUCCGCUUCUUCAACAAGUUACAGGAGUCUUUGAAGUCCAUCGUUACCAGCUACUACUCGUACAUCUUAGAGUCAGUCGACAAGAUUUUGGUCCGAUUUGUUUCCGGGGACUUGGACGAUAUCAAUCUCCGCCGUAUCAUUAUCAUCUCCUUGACCUCGUCGUUCAAGUACGACCAGGAUGAGUUUUGGCAGCAGCAGUCGCGUUUCGAGGUUGUUUUGCAGGCCUUGACCAGCCAGUGCACGAACAUCGAGGAUGGUAUUGGAAAGUACUUGGUCAAGGCUAUCUCCGCCUUGGCUCAGAAUUGUACCGCUGACGAGCACAACAAGAAGAUGAACGAGUUGUUGUUGUCGCACAUGAGAUUGAACUGUGGUGCCAGAGAGAAGUUCUGGGCCACCAGGGCUAUGAAGAUGGUCUACCAAAAGGUUGGUGAAAACUGGUUGAGCUUGUUGCCGCAAUUGGUGCCAAUCAUUGCCGAAUUAUUGGAGGACGACGACGAGGAAGUUGAGAUGGAGGUCAGAGGUGGUUUGGUUAGAGUGAUCGAAUCUGUGUUGGGAGAGCCGUUAGAUAGAUAUCUCGAUUAAGCGAAUCUUUUACCCAAGAUAGUGCUAGCGUGCUCUUGAGGGGUUAACUUCGUGUAAUAUAUUGUUUUUUUUCAAAAAUUUGUAAAAUUCAAAGGCCGACCUGAGUUUCAUUCUUAUAUACUAUAAUAU